AUGUGGAGAGUGUCUGCUUGUAUUGUCCUACUGUCAACCUUGAGCUUUUCCCAGGGUCAUCGGGAGGAUUACUCGGGAUUCUUAAGUGCCCACAGGACCAGGGAUUUUACGAAACACAACAAUCGACCGUGUGGCCCUCGAGUGUGCGGCAAAAGUGGCCUUUGCUAUCGGAGUUUUGAAAGCAUUUGCGAGCUCAACGAUCAUAACAUUAAGAUGAUAUUCAGUAGCCAAGACGAAUUCUAUCUUACGGACCUUAUUUAUUGCCAAGAGCCGCCGCCGCCGCCAAAGAUUAUAAAUGUGGGCUACUAUUACAAUACUAAUCACCGGAGUUUGCUGUUCGGCCAAUCGCCACCGUCAACCUAUUCAUCGCCUAUUCAUAGGCCCAGUAUUUCCUCGAAUGCGGAGUAUAUAAGACAGUACGAAGCAGUUCCGCCACCAGAUACUUAUGGUCCAGUUCUUGAUUAUAUGCUACCAUAUCCGGUAUGGUCUUUUAAGCGACCUCAAACACCACCGAGAAGGCCUCCAGUGAGCCGAAGGCCACCUUAUUGGUACUAUCCGACCAGGCGUCCCGAAUCAACAAAGCGGCCAUGUUAUGAAACAACAACAGCCAGUGCAAAGCCCCAUACAACAACAAAAGCCACUGCAUAUUCAACAACCACCACAACAACAACUCCAUCUACAACGACGACAACAACUGAACUAUCAACAACUACAAAAGGUGUUUCUACGACAACAACAAGUACUGAACCUUCUACAUCAACAACCACAGAAAGAACAACGACAACAAUUGAACCAGAAACAGAAACAACCACUGAAUUAACAACGAAAAAAUCGACAGAACCAACAACAAUAACCACUAAUUCAACAACAGAGAUAACAACCACGGAAUCAACAACAACAGAAACCACAGUACCAACAUCAAAAUCCACCGAACCGACAACAACAGAAACCACAGUACCAAAUACAACAGAAACGACAGAGUCAACAACAACAACCACUGAAUCUACAACAGCUGAGCCAACAACAACAGCCACUGAAUCAACAACAAUCACAAAUCCGACAUCGACAAAUGCCAUAGAAUCUUCCACAACAACAACCACUGAAGUUUCUACAACGACGACAGCAGAUCCUUUGACUACAACAACCGCUAAAGUGUCUACAACGACAACAGAUCCUUCUACGACAACAACCACCACAGAUUCUUCUACCACAGACUCUUUCACCACUGAUUCUCCCACAACAACAUCCAGCUCAUCAGAUUCUACAACCAAAAAUUCUUCUACAGAUUCUCCCACAACAACAUCGACCACAGAUUCUUCCACAACAACAUCGACCACAGUUUCUUCCACAUCAACAUCGACCACAGAUUCUUUCACGACAACAUCGACCACAGACUCUUCCACAUCAUCAUCGACCACAGACUCUUCCACAUCAUCAUCGACCACAGAUUCUUCCACGACAACAUCGACCACAGAUUCUUCCACAACAACAUCGACCACAGAUUCUUCCACAACAACAUCAGAUCCUUCCACAACGACAACAACAACAGAUGCCACGACAUCAAAAACGACGGAUGCCUCUACGACAACAACCACUGAAGCUUCCAAAACAACUACUGCCGCGGCUUUUAAACCCUUGUCUAUUGAGAUCAGAAAUGCUGAUGGUCGGAUACUAGACUUCGAUUUGGCAGACGUGGCCGUGGAUCCAGACACAGGAGAUCCAAGCUGCGCAGAGGUUACCAAAGUGGUGAUAACCACAGGAUCAAGGGUCGUCUUCCAGUUCGCUGGCUGCAUUGUGGCACAUACUUCGAGUAGUUCUACCAGUGAAGCCACCACCACAGCUGCGCCCAGCACCACUGGAAUCCCCGCCACCCAGGAAACCCCGUACUACCAGUGGUAUGGCCAUUCAGCAGCCUACUCGCAAUCGCAUGUCUUGUAUACCUAUUAAUUGGAUAUUCUCACUUUGGACGGAAUAAAGAAAAUAUA